AUGGCAAACAAAUCCAAGUCAGCACCUGCCUGCGAGUUAAUCAAUACCUACUAUCAAGUAUGCAACCACGUUACCAUAUCUCUUCACCAUGCUACUCGCAUUGUCCCGACACGAUCUACGAGUAAAUCCUCGGAACCUAGCUCUUACACCCCCUCAUCCAACCAGACUAUAACAACCUGUCCGCAAGCAAUUCACAACCUAUCACUUCCUCCACCACUGGAUCAACAGCAAAAGUCUGAAACGACACUGUGUCCCUCGGUCGUCGAACGUACAGUUAUAAAUUCAGGCUAUGGAUGCCCAGAGUGUGAACCAGAGUAUCAUCGAUCAACCGAUUAUGUCUCAACCCAAAAAGGCCAUCGGGAUAAGAUAGCAGUGAAUGAUGAGGAUAGGAGGAAGAAGAGGUUUAAAUGGUGUAUGCUUGCCAUCACGGAAUGGGAGGCCAGAAAGAAGGCGGCGGUUGGGGAAAGACCAUCGGAUGAGCAAAGUUGGAGCAUUUUAAAAGAACAGAAGGUGGUAAAUCAAAGUCUAUUCUAUCUGAUAAACCCAAGCUCCACCUGCUAG